AAAGAAGGAGGUAUUUCCGAUGAGCUACAGGAGACAGAUCUUCAGAGAAGGCAUCAUUCUAAGUGCAUUUCAGACAGAAAUUUUUAACUCAAGAUUAUUUAACCAAAUCAUCUCAGUAGAUUGAAUACCGUGUUGAAGAAACUGCACCUUCUGGAUCCAUCUGAACAAUGGAGACUGCACAAGCAAAACCUCCGCAGAUAAGGCAAGUUAUUUUUCUUGCUAUGCUAUUGUUUUUGUGGGAGGCUGACUCUGAGGCAAUUAGGUAUUCUGUGCCAGAAGAAACAGAAAGUGGCUACUCUGUGGCCAACCUGGCAAAAGAUCUGGGGCUCAGGGUGGGGGAACUGGCUACUCGGGGAGCGCGAAUCCAUCACAAAGGCAGCAAACAGCUCUUGCAGCUCGAUGUAAAGACCGGCGAUUUGCUUCUACAGGAAAAACUAGACCGGGAGGUGCUGUGUGGGGCGAUAGAACCCUGUAUAUUGCAUUUCCAACUGUUACUAGAACACCCGGUGCAGUUAUUUCAAGUUGAUGUGCAACUCACAGAUGUAAAUGACCAUUCUCCAGAAUUCCUAGACAGGGAAAUGUUCCUUAAAAUCCCAGAGAGUGCCCAGGCAGGGACAGUGUUUCCUUUGAAAUCAGCUCAGGACUUGGACAUAGGUAGCAACAGUGUUCAGAACUACACAAUCAGCCCUAACUCCAAUUUUCGUGUUGUUAUUCACAAUCGCGGAGAUGGCAGAAAAUACCCAGAGCUGGUGUUGGGCAAAGCUCUGGACAGAGAAGAACACCCUGAGCUCAUUUUAACCCUCACAGCGCUGGAUGGUGGGGUGCCACCCAGGUCUGGGACCGUCACAGUACGCAUUGAAGUGGUAGACAUGAAUGAUAACGCACCCGAAUUUUUACAGUCCCUGUUUGAAGUACAUGUUCGUGAGAACAGUCCCAUAAACUCCUUAGUUCUCAUUGUCUCUGCUCGAGAUUUAGAUGCAGGAGCAUCUGGGAGUGUAGCCUACUCUUUACUUGAAGGUCAUGAAGUUUCUCAACCGUUUGUAAUAGAUGAAAAAACAGGAGAAAUUCGUCUGCAAAGGGCAUUGGAUUAUGAGGUAAAUCAACAUUAUAUCAUAGAAAUUGCAGCCACUGAUGGAGGAGGCCUUGUGGGAAAAUGCACAGUGGCCAUAGAAGUGGUGGAUGUGAAUGACAAUGCUCCUGAACUAAUCAUGUCGACACUCACCAGCUCUAUUCCGGAAAACUCCCCUGAGACUGUAGUUGCCAUUUUCAGCGUUUCUGAUCCAGACUCCGGGGACAAUGGUAGGAUGGUUUGCUCCAUACAAAACGAUCUCCCCUUCCUCUUGAAGCCCACAUUUAAGAACUUUUACACCUUGGUGACAGAGGGCCCCCUGGACAGAGAGAGCAGAGCCCAGUACAACAUCACCAUCACAGUCACCGACUUGGGGACACCCAGGCUGGAAACCGAGCACAGCAUAACCGUCCUGGUCUCCGACGUCAACGACAACGCCCCUGCCUUCUCGCAGACGUUCUACACGCUGUCGGUGCGCGAGAACAACAGCCCCGCCCUGCACAUAGGCAGCGUCAGCGCCACAGACAGAGACUCAGGCAGCAACGCCCAGCUGACCUACUCGCUGCUGCCGCCCCAGGACCCGCACCUGCCCCUCGCCUCGCUGGUCUCCAUCAACGCGGACAACGGGCAGCUGUUCGCGCUGAGGGCGCUGGACUUCGAGGCCCUGCAGGCGUUCGAGUUCCGCGUGGGCGCCACAGACCACGGCUCGCCCGCGCUGAGCAGCCAGACGCUGGUGCGCGUCGUGGUGCUGGACGACAACGACAACUCGCCCUUCGUGCUCUACCCGCUGCAGAAUGCCUCUGCGCCCUGCACCGAGCUGGUGCCCAGGGCGGCAGAGCCGGGCUACCUGGUCACCAAGGUGGUGGCGGUGGACGGAGACUCGGGCCAGAACGCCUGGCUGUCGUUCCAGCUGCUCAAGGCCACGGAGCCCGGGCUGUUUGGCGUGUGGGCGCACAAUGGCGAGGUGCGCACCGCCAGGCUGCUGAGCGAGCGCGACGCGGCCAGGCACAGGCUGGUGGUGCUGGUCAAGGACAAUGGCGAGCCGCCGCUGUCUGCCAGCGUCACGCUGCACGUGCUGCUGGUGGAUGGCUUCUCGCAGCCUUACCUGCCGCUGCCGGAAGUGGCGCCCGAGCGCGCGCAGGCCGACUCGCUGACCGUCUACUUGGUCAUCGCCCUGGCCUCGGUGUCGUCGCUCUUCCUCUUUUCGGUGCUGGUGUUUGUGGCGGUGAGGCUGUGCAGGCGGCACAGGGCGGCGCCACUGGGUGUGUGCUCUGUGCCUGAGGGCCACUUUCCUAGCCACCUGGUAGAUGUCAGUGGCACUGGGACCCUGUAUGAGGUGUGUUUGGCUGGCAACUCUGGGUCUGGUGAGUUCAAGUUCCUGAAACCGACAUUCCCCAACCUCUUGGUUCAGGACACUGGGACAGAAAUUAAGGAAAAAUCCAACUGCAGAAAUAGCUUUAUAUUCAGCUAACUUUUGUAUUUUGUUCUCACUAAUUUUGGCAAUUUCCUAUUGCAAUUUAUUUCUCUUUAGUAUUUCUAGUGCUAUUAAAAUAUUCUUCACCAGUAAUCCAGACCUAUGCAUAUUUCUGAUAGGUCUAAAUUUGUUCUUUUCAUUGACAUUAUUCUUAGCAUUUUUAGUCAUAUAUAGUAUAUAUUUUGUCCAUAGGUGAUCUUAAUGUUUUCUCAUAUCUGUAAAUUAAGUAAGUAGAUAAAGACUUCUUAUUUGAAUGAACUUAAUGAAUUUCAUGAAUCAUUUAAAGGCUUGUAUGAAAUAUUGAAUUUUCACGUAAUUUUGUCACUCAUCUUUAACAUCUUUUAAGACUAGCGUGUUGGCCUUGAUCUAAAUUUAUGGUUGGCUAUAAGUACUACCAUGUUAAUCACACUGAGGAGCCAUGAGCAUAAAACCUAGUGUACUUAUUUUUCUCAAAUUCCAUGUCAACUUUUCACUUAAUUAAAAUAUUUAUACACAAAAGUGUGGCCCUUUCCUGUUGUAAGUACCACAUAUACAAGACAAUGACAUUUGUUUGGCUUUUACUUACCUAAAACAUUUUAAUUUCUCCAUAAAUACUAAGAUUUAACAUUUUUAAAUAAAUCUCAUUCAAGAUAAACUAAAGGAAAUUUAACCUGUAAUAUGCCAUUCCCCUUUACUAAAUACAACUGUUAAAUCACUUUUUCAUAAAAUCAUAUUCAAAGAAUAAUCUCAGAGCCUGAAUUAUGCCCUUCAAAGAAUUCAGGACUCUUGAGAGCAUCAUAUAUUUCCUUGUCCUUUUGCUUCAUAAAUAGGUUACCAAGUGUAAUUUACUGUGUAUAUUUUCUUUUGGUCUUCCUGCAGUUUCAAAUUUUAGGAAAUUUCAUCUGUAUUUUGGCUAUACUGUUUAUUUCUUUUUGGCUGAUCAAAGAUUUUGCACUUUGUAGAUGUGAACAGUGUUUAUCAACAAUAUAAUGACUUCUUUUUGAGGUUUCAUUAUCUUCUGUUUUAUUCUUUAAUGUUUUUUAAAUUUAAUUUUUCAAUGACACCAAAGUUACAAUUGUAUGAACCAUGUAUUAUUUUGUCCUUGAUAGAUUGAGUGGUAAUUCAUCUGAAUUAUAAAUCUAUGUUGCAUACAACAAGU